UCCGGGUAUUUCGUUGCUACACAAACAACAUGGAUUCCAAAAUAACGAUUAUUUGAUUUAUUUCCAUUUCACGCUGCUUGUUUUAUAAAGUUCCAAAAAUGGCAGCAUCUAUGAAAUCCUCUAACCCUGAAUUGAAGACUUAUCUGCGAUCAAAUAAGUUACCAGAUGUUUAUGAGGCACUACUGACUGGACUUGCAAUUAUGUGUCCUGAUGAUCCCUUACAAUUUUUACUGGACAAACUCAAGUUUCUGACUGAAGGUGGUUUGGAAGAACUAAACUGGGAUAUGUUUGUUGAUGAAGACAUGAGACCUGUAGCUAAAAUAAUCACAGAAAGUAACCUGGAUUUUAUAUUCAACCUUGAUGAUGAGAGUAUGAUUGACUUUAUAGAUAUACCAAUCAACAUUCAGAAAGGUGUUGGAUAUUUCGGUGGUCGAUUCGAUGGAUUGACGAAAAACAAGAUAAUUUGGCCUUCCCCAGAAAUGUACCACAUGGCGUACCAGCAUUACAACACUUUCCUGAAGAAUAUGUGCUACAGAGCUUGGUUGCAGUACUAUUUGAACAAAAAGUUAAAGAAGACAAAUGUAUCUGGGAAAAUGUUGAAGGCAUCAAAUCAUCAUUCACAGAGACUUAUGAAGGAACAUUUUGUUGUUUGGAAGGAAUGGUUGAGAUAUAGAAAAGGAUGCCAAGCUAUGUUUUUCCAAGUAAUCCAAAAAGUUUGGCAUUUAGCUAUAGCUCGAGUUAUAUUUAACGAAUGGAAAAUAACCACAGAACAAGCUAAGAACCAAAGAGAAUAUUUUGAGAGGCUAGAAAGGGGAGAGAAUCUGAAUGAUGAAGAUGGAUUUGGAUCAACUGGUGAUGCCAGAGACAGUAUUUCUUGGCUGGACAGAAGUGUGGCAGUCAGGAUAUUUAAAAAUGUGGAUAUAGCUGAUCUAUCAAGAUGUUCCAGAGUUUGUAGAUCAUGGAAAGUUAUCAUUACCAACAGCAGUGCCAUUUGGAACAGAAUAGACUUUUCCCAAGUAAAAAACAAAGUAACAGAUAAAGUAGCAACAAAACAUUUGAUGAAAUGGCGGCCAUAUUUAAUACACGUAAACCUGAGAGGAUGUACAAAACUAGGAGAACCAACCUUUAGAGGAAUUAGUGAAUGUAGAAAUCUACAAGAUCUUAAUUUAUCACAAUGUACAGGUGUCAAUGAUGAUUCAAUGAAGAUAGCCUUACAAGGAUGUAAAAUUUUAUUAUAUCUUAAUGUCUCACUCACAAAUAUUACAGAUGCUACUUUGAGAAAUAUUUCAAAGUUCAGCCAGCAUUUACAGUUUUUGAGUUUAGCCUACUGUAAGAGCUUUACAGACAGAGGUUUAAUGUAUUUAGCAAGUGCCAAAUGUAGCAAGAAGUUGGAAUAUUUAGACAUAUCAGGUUGUUUGCAGAUAACCCCUGAUGGUUUCAAAGGUCUAGCCAAUGGAUGCAUAAAUCUACAGACCUUGAUUAUAAAUGAUUUCCCAACUCUGACAGAUGAGUGUGUUAUUGCCCUUGCCAACAAAUGUACAAAGAUCCACACAGUCUCUGUGUUAGGAUCACCACUUCUUACAGAUGAAUCAUUCAAAAAGUUAGCACAGCAUAAGAGACUCAAAAAACUUAAAACAGAGGGUAACCAGAGAAUAUCUGACGUAGCUAUGAAGUCCAUUGGUCAGUGUCAAGGUCUUACUCAUUUGUAUAUAACAGACUGCCAACGACUGACUGAUGCUUCAUUAAAACAGCUGACAUCAUGUAAAGAAUUGAGAGUUGCUAAUUUUGCAGAUUGUGUUAGAAUAAGUGAUGGAGGAGUUAGACCAUUGACAGAUGGAGACUCAGCUGAUAAAAUCAGAGAAUUAAACCUGACCAACUGUAUCAGAGUUAGUGAACUCUCUGUCAUUAAUAUGCUUAAAAAGUUAAAACAUUUAACAUAUGUCAGUUUAUGUUUUUGUGACCAUAUAAGUGAGAAUGGUAUAGAAAUUCUUGGACAGAUGCACAGUUUGACGUCUCUAGAUAUAUCUGGAUGUAAAGUUACAGACAAAUCUUUGUCAUUGCUUGGAAACAAUUACAGACUAAGGGAUGUAACUCUAUCUGAAUGUAUUGACAUCACAGACUUAGGGUUGGAGAAAUUUACACAGCAGUGUAAAGAAAUAGAAAGAUUAGAUCUGUCUCAUUGUUGGCAAAUAACAGAUGGUGCUAUAAAGAAUUUAGCUUUCUGUUGUCAGAAUCUGAAUGCCUUAAAUUUGUGCGGAUGCAAAAAUAUAACCAACAUGAGUAUUCAGUAUUUAUCGGGAGUUUGUAAAUACCUAAACACAUUAGAUAUUAGUGGUUGUCUUCAUAUCUCAGAUAAAUCUUUGAAGUAUCUACGCAAGGGUUGUAAAAAACUGAAAUCACUUACAAUGCUGUACUGCAAAGAAAUUUCCAAAUCAAAAGUACAGAAAAGACUAGCAUACAUCCAAACAGUUGUUUACAGUGAUGAACCAGUACCGAACUGGUUUAGAAAUCAUUCAUUGAAGGACUGAACUAUUUUAAUGAUUUAACUCAUGUCUCAUUGAAAUUCAUAGGCCCAUCACAAACUGGUGUUAUUGAGGUUAACCUCGAUGUCGAAACUGGUUCUGAUAUCCUUCAAACAUAUAGCCUACUGUAAAUAGAGGGAACAAGUACAGUAUCUAAACCAGCUGCGUUUUAUUUUACAAGACUUGUGACGACCUGGUUGUUAGUUUCUCAAUCAUGAAUUUAAGAAAUUACUUGAGUUAGAUAGCCUUGGAAAUUUUAAAAAGCAGGAAAAUGCUGGUUCUUUAAAUGACAACAAUUUCUGAAUAAGUCAGCAUGUAUAUAUGUGUACAUGUACAUGAUACUGAAAAGAUGAAGAAUUUUAGAAAUUUCCAAUUUAAGAUAAAAAAAAAUCAUUCCUCCUACUUUGCCAUUGAAAUUGUCUUAAUCAAUUUUAAUGUUUUAUUCCCUAAAUUAAAUUGUUUUUAUGAUAGUAUUAAUUGAUUUAUCAAAAUGUAUCUUGAUUAUGUCAGAAAGAAAAAUAUC